AUGACGGUCGCACGGACCAUCCGCAAAGCCAUUCUCGCAACCGAGGUGCUUGAAGGCGCAGGCGUCCGUGUUAGGAGGUCGAUUGGAACGCCCCAACUUCGCAACCUCACGCCUUUUAUAAUGCUAGACUUCUUUAACAGCGCUCCAGGAGCUGGAUUCCCAGAUCAUCCGCAUCGGGGGCAAGAGACGAUCACCUAUUUAAUGGAAGGAGCGAUCGACCAUGAAGAUUUCGCCGGAAACAAAGGGAGAAUCGAGACGGGGGACUUGCAGUUCAUGACGGCAGGACGGGGCAUAAUGCACGCAGAGAUACCCAGUCUUAGCUCAAAAGCGAUCAAGGGAUUUCAAUUAUGGGUUGAUCUGCCAAAGGAGCUGAAGAUGUGUGAGCCUCGCUACCGCGAUCUGAAGGCUGCAGAAAUCCCUACGGUUGAUAUUGACGAUGGGAAGGUCAAGAUCAAGGUUAUCAGUGGGCAAAGCCAUGGAAUUGAUAGCGUAAAGGACCUGGCAUAUACUCCCGUAUGGAUAUUCGACAUUGAGAUCCAACCUGGUGGAAAUAUUACUCAAGCGUUGCCUCAGGGGUGGAACGCUUUCGCAUACAACAUGAAAGGCAGCACGAACUUCGGAGUUGGCGAAGAUAAAACUGCAAUUGGACCAAAUCACAAUGUCGUAUUUGAACAAACAGGAGAUGAAAUUGUUGCUGGAGUUGACGCGAGCGCCAAAGAGAAUGGCCAUUUUAUUCUCGUAGCAGGUCUACCUCUCGAUCAGAAAAUAGUCCAAUACGGACCGUUUGUGCUGAAUUCAGAUAACGAAGUUCGGCAGGCGAUGAUGGAUUUCCGCACAUUUUCGAAUGGGUUUGAACGUGCGAAGAAUUGGCAGAGUGAGAUUGCGAAGAGUGCUGGGUAUUAG